AUGGAGGGUCGACAUCAACAACAGGGUCAGGGCAUUGGUCUGGUUCAGGGUCGGCAUCAACAGCAGGCAUCUGGCACCGUGGUGGUUGUGGCAUCCGUCACUGGCUUAGCCAUUGGAGGGUCACUUCUUGGCUUGAUGGGGUUCAGCUUCUUGGCAUCAUUGACACUACUACUCUUCAUCUCCCCACUCUUGUUGAUCUUCAGUCCUCUCCUGUUGUUCACUGCGUUUGUGUUUGUGGGAUCACUUGCCGGGUUUGCUGCAGCUGCCACCAUGGCUCUCACCGGCAUGUCUGCUCUGGGGUGGAUUUAUCAGGAGGUUGGAGGCCAGAGGCUUCUGGGUUUUGGCGGCGUCGAUACGGCAAGUAGAGUGAAGGAGCAAGGGAGACUGACAAUAUGA